AUGAUCUACUUCCUGUGUUCUGUGGUCCUCGGAAUCUCCUUGGGGGCAUUGGCUAUUGGAAAGCGGAACCUUCGCGAUGUUCCUGGGCCCCUUCUCGCCUCAAUCACCAACAUUCCCCGGGUAUUGUGGGUUCUGAGCGAUCGAGCCCAUGAGAUCCAUAUUUCGCUCCAUGAAAGGUAUGGAAAGUUGGUUCGCUUCGGACCCAACAUGGUGUCUGUUGGGGACGCCACCGAAAUCUCCAAGAUCUAUGGGUUUGGGGGGAGGUUCGUCAAGUCUGACUUUUACCAUGUACUCCUCCUCUACACAAAGGGCAGGCCGGUGCCUACAAUCUUUGCCACCCAGGAUGAGAGACUGCAUCGCACACUGCGCAAGCCUGUGGCUGCCAUGUAUUCAACAACGAAGAUAUUAACUUUGGAGCCGUUCGUUGAUAUCACUUUGCAAAACUUCAUCGAUAGGCUGGACACGCUCUUCGCCGACCAAGGUCUGCCUUGUGAUCUAGGAACAUGGUUGCGCUAUUUCGCCUUUGAUGUAAUGGGAGACCUCACAUUCUCUCGGCCUCUUGGUUUUCUGGCUACUGGGAUGGAUGUAGACGGAAUAAUUCGUUCGAUAUGGACGUACUUCUACAAGGCAGCACCUGUAACACAAAUUCCUUGGGUUGAUUGGCUAUGGACCAAGAACCCUCUGCGUCAGAGAGUUUCCGUUACAAAACCAAACCCAGUUGUGGAAUUCGGGUUGCGAAGGAUUAGGGAGCGGACGACGAGUUUGGAAAAUGAUAGCGAGCCCUUACGAGAUGGUCCUGAGGACUUUUUGUCUCAAUUUCUCCAAUGCCUGGACCGAGACAAACUGAUACCACGAUGGGCUUUGACAGCGUGGAUGACCUCAAACAUUACGGCUGGAAGCGAUACUACGGCCAUACUCAUGCGUGCAGUAUUUUAUUACCUUUUCACGAAUCAUGAAUCUAUGCAGGCUCUUAUGAGUGAGCUUGACACUGCGCGACUGGCUGGGGAGCUGUCUACGAUAGUUUCUUGGAAGGAAGCGCAAGCCUUGCCUUACCUGGAUGCCUGUAUCAAGGAAGCAAGCCGGUUGCAUCCACCAUUUGGUCUACCCCUUGAGAGAGUGGUUCCAAAAGGAGGCGCUACCAUCUGCAGCCAGUACCUACCGUCUGGUACGGUUGUAGGCAUGAACGCUUGGGUCGUACAUCGCGACAAAGCCGUCUUUGGCCGUGACAGCAAUUCAUGGAGGCCCGAAAGGUGGUUCUGUGAUGCUUCCACAAGGAGACAGAUGGAGAACUCCUUACUCACGUUCGGCGCCGGGCCGCGUUCUUGCAUCGGAAAACCUAUUGCCCUCUUGGAGGUUUACAAAGUUACCCCUACUCUUUUGCAAAGAUACGAUUUUCAGUCGGUGGACAAGGCUGGAUGGUCCUGGAAGGUCCAGAACCGUUGGUUCGUCCAUCAAACUGGCCUUCUUGUGAGACCCAAGAGAAGAGAAUAG